UGUUUUCCCAUCUAGAUCAGCAUUCUUAUUUCAGAUCCUUUGGAAGAAGAGAAAACUUUCAUCCUUAAAAGGAGCUAUAUUAAAGAGAAGCGCAAAGCUUGCUACAACCAAAGUUAUCUUCUCCUGUUUACAACUAGCAUUAAAAUAUUCUCUUAAUUCUCCAAAGUUGUUUUUGAGGAAGAGAAACCAUGGCUGAACUCGUGGGAAGUGCUCUUCUCUCCGGCUUCCUUAAUGUCUUGUUUGAUAGGAUGGCUACUCAAGAGGUCCUUAACUUCUUCCGAGGAAAGGAAGUCCUUGCCAAGCUUCUUGAUGAGUUAAAGAUCAGGUUGUUGUCUGCUAAUAAGUUGAUGAAUGAUGCUGAGUUGAAACAACUCACAGAUGAGAACGUGAAGAAGUGGGUUGAUGAGCUUAAACAAGUGCUUUAUGAGGCAGACCACGUCAUGGACAAAGUCAACACCGAAGCUCUUCGGCGCAGGAUUGAAGAAAGUGAUCAAUCUGGAAGCAAAGCAAGUUCGUUCUUCAACUUCAUGCCAAAGUCGAAUAGUGCAUUUGAAAUCGGUGUGAAAUCUGAAGUUGAGGAGAUCCUUCGAAGAUUGGAUCUUCUUUUGAGGCAAAAGGAAGAGCUUGGUCUGAGAGAAGGUGUUCACCAAAACAGACCUCAAAGACUGCCAGCUCCUUUGGUAGACGCAUGUGAUGUUUAUGGAAGGGAUGCUGAGAAAGAGGCCAUCGUUGAAAUGUUGUUAUUAGAUCAUGAUGGCGGGUGUAAGAUAUCUGUGAUUCCUAUAGUGGGCAUGGGUGGUAUGGGCAAAACCACACUUGCUCAGCUUGUUUACAAUGAUAGCAGAGUCCAAGAUCAUUUUGCCUUGAAGGUGUGGGUAACUGUAUCAGAGGAUUUUGAUGUUUUUAAACUUACAAGAAUAAUUAUUGAGGCGAUCACUUCUCAGAAAUGUGAUAUCCAGGACCUAUAUCAACUUCAAAAUGCACUGAAAACUCUAUUGAUGGGGAAAAGAUUUCUGUUUGUUCAUGACGAUGUUUGGAACGAAAAAUACGAACUUUGGGAUGCUUUAAGGAGCCCUUUCAACUCUGGAGCUUACGGGAGUAAGAUUAUUGUGACCACACGCAGUGAAAUUGUUGCAUCAAGGAUGGGUACCGUUCCAGCAUAUUCUCUAGCGAUUAUAUCAGAGGACGAUUGCUGGAAGUUGUUUGCUAACCAUGUCUUUGAAAAUAGAGGCUCUCAGGUACAUCCGGAUUUACAAGAAAUGGGUAAAGAAAUUGUUAAAAAGUGCAAGGGUCUUCCUUUGGCAAUAAAAUCAAUUGCUGGUGUUCUACGCUCGUCAUCAAGUCCGGAGGAGUGGAAAGGGAUACUUGAGAGUGACGUGUGGGAGUUGCAAUUUCAAGAAAACCAGAAGAAUAAUAUUCUUCCAGCAUUACGGUUGAGUUACCAGUGGUUACCUCCGCAUCUAAAGCGAUGCUUUGCUUAUUGCUCAAUAUUCACCAAAGAUUACGAGUUUCAUGAAAAGGAUAGAGAAAUUCUAGUCAUGUUGUGGAUGGCGGAAGGACUUUUGCAACCUGAAAGAGGAAGAAGACUGGAAGAUGUUGGAAAGGAGUACCUAGAUGUUCUAAUAGCAAGGUCCUUCUUUCAACGAUCAAAUAACUGGUUUGGAGAACCAACUCUCCUUAUGCAUGAUCUUGUGCAUGAUUUAGCUAUGCGCAUAUCUGGCGAGUCUUGUUUAAUGUUAAAUGAUUGCCAUGACCUGGAUGGCCUUACAAGAAACACUUGUCAUUUGUCCUACAGAAAAGAAUCUAAUGUCAUGAUGAAAUUAGAGGCUUUAUCCAAAACCAAGUGUUUGAGGACCCUACUAGCUUUACCAUUGUCAUAUACCUACGUGCGUAGGUCAAUGUUGACAGAUACUGUCCUGCUUGAACUGUUGCUAGGAGCUGGAGGACGCUUAAGAGCUCUCUCUUUAUCUGAAUCUGCUAUUACAAAAUUGCCAGAUUCAAUCGGUAAUAUGAAACACUUAAGGUACUUGAACUUAUCACGUACAAACGUCAAAGAAAUUCCCAGUUCAAUGUGCACUCUGUAUAACUUGCAAACACUGUUUUUGUUAUAUUGUAAAAAAAUUACAGAAUUGCCAACUAGCAUGUGUUGCUUAAUCAACCUACGUCAUCUCGUGAUCGGAGGAACGCGAUUAAAAGAGAUGCCGCCACAGAUGUGCAAGUUGAAAAAUCUACAGUCGUUAAGUGAUUUUGUCUUGGGCGAAAAUGGUGGCUCUAGAAUCAAAGAGUUGGGGGAGCUACAGUCUUUGCGUGGAAAUCUUUGCAUUUCAGGACUUGAAAAUGUGGGGGAUGUUGGGGACGUGAUACAGGCUGAUUUGAAGAACAAAGAGCAUCUUACUGAGCUUAUUUUAGAAUGGAAGUAUGGAGAGAUUGACGAUUCAACAAAAGAACGACAAGUACUUGAUGCGUUGAAACCGCAUGGAAAGCUGAAGAAACUCAAAAUCAGUGGUUAUAGGGGUACAAUAUUCCCAGAUUGGGUAGCACAUAAAUCGUUUAGUAACUUGGUUGAAGUGUCUCUGAUUCAUUGUGAACGUUGUUGCUUGUUGCCCUCAUUUGGGCAACUACCUUCCCUCAGAGAGCUUGAGAUUGAGUGUAUGAAUGGGUUGGAAAGUAUAGGAGAUGAAUUUUGUGGUACUUCCUUGACUAAGCCAUUUCCAUCCUUAGAAAGCUUAACAAUCAGUCACAUGGAUUUGUUGGAGAAUUGGUCAUUUGCUGGAGUUGAGCAAGGAGGAGAACUUUUCCCUCGUCUCAAGAAAAUCUAUUUACUUGACUGUAAGAAGCUAAAAGUUGGACUACCCGCUGGUUGUUUUCCAUCCUUGGAAACAAUUCAAAUUUAUACAUGUGUAGAAAUGGCGAGUCUAUUUCCAACAUUAAGUCAAGUGGAGAUUGAUUCCGCAUAUCCCUCUCUUGAAUCUAUAGAUUUAGUGGAUUGCCCAAGAUUAGAGUACUUUAAAGGCACUACAUAUCAAUAGCUGCCCAAUGCUCAUUGCAGACCGUAUGAAUUGGGAUUUGAAAAGACUCUCCUCUCUUCAAAGCUGAUGGCUCUGUGGAUGUGAAUUCGAAGGAGCGGGGAAUUCGGUGCCAGAGAGGAACAAUCAACACAUCCCCAACAUAAGAAUCAAUUCGGAAAAAGUAUGAGAAAGCAUUAUGCAUUUCUGUCCCUCCCCCAUCGUCAGUGUGCUCCAAUCUUCUCCUCAGGAAGAGCAAAACAUGCAAAAGAAAUGGUUAGUUUACGUCUGGUGUGGCAAUUUUUUUUCCUUUUAAAUUAUAUUAGAAAAAAAUUUAUCUUUCCAUUGGGA